CGAGCAAUGGCAGUCGUGUCUGGAGUGUCGGGUCGGGUGGACGUGUGCUCUGCCCCUCUCAGCCACCACCGCCUCAACCACCUUCUGCACAUCAUAUUUACCGCGCACCGAGCCUAUUUCAAACCUCGCCUGGCGUACAUGACCCGCCAGCAAUUCACUCUUAGCUAGCGUCGCAUGUAAUUAUUUAGCGGCGUCCUCCAAUCUGUAGUGGUAACGUAAAAUAAUAAUUUCGUGGCCUCCGUCAGUAGGUAUCAAGCGCCUCCACUCCGUUCAUUCUGUAGCCUGACCAUCUCCCACCUGCGAGCACACUCCGUUCCUCGCGGCUAUUUUUAUCCGGGGAGAAAAGUCUAGAGUGUUCCCGUGACAGGGUAGCGGUGGUGUAGAAGAGGGCACGAGGGAAAGUGUGCCCAGUCGGUGCUUCUAGUGCCUACAGUGAAGACUUCCCGCCACGCCCUCGCCUCCCGGCCCUAACCAGCCCUUGCCAGACCUCCCGCAGCUCCCUCAGCAUCCCACAGUCACCCAAGGCUGCCCUCUGCAUCACUUCAGGAGGAAAGGAAAGGUACGUGGCGUGACACAACACCCUUCCAGCUCUUCCCUUAUAAAGACCCAACUGAUUCACACCUGCCUGUACUGUAUAUAUUACGUUUCUUCAAAAUGGACGACGAGCGUGAAGACCCACUACCUCAUCUCCAUAGGUCGAAGAAGAUGGUUGAGGACAAGGAUCGCCCGGGGUUCUUUAAGGAUUACCAUAGGGCAGUUCGUAAGGCCAUAUCCAACGACCAGUUUAAUGAGUUCUCCAAGCUGAAGACCAACGAUGACAGGAUUAGGUUUUGCUUCUCCCUGCCGGCCAUCCAUGAUAUUGAUAUUAAGCCAUACUUCAGAGGCAAAUCAGAGAAAGAGGCGCUUGAAAAGAAGGAGGCAGGAAAUAAGUGUUUUGGGCGCAAGAAUAAUUUGGAGGCGCUAAGGUUGUACAGCCAGGCGGUGGUUAAGGCUCCGGUGCCCUCGGGUAAAUAUUGGAAGUUAAUCAAAGAAAGUGCUGACCCUAAGAAGAUGACAAUGUAUGCUAUUUGUCUGGCCAACCGCUCCGCCGCCCUGUACCACCUGCGAGAGUACCACUACUGUGUGAAGGACAUUGAUGAGGCGCUGGAGCAUCAUUACCCCAAGGAACUCAAGUACAAGUUGUACAAAAGGAAGGCACGUCUCCUAUCCCACAUGAAGCAGCAUGUGGAGGCUCGAGACGCCUACCGGCAAGCCCUCAAGUGGCUUGACUGGGCCAAGAUGGAGCGGGAGAAGAGGAUUGAACACCAGACAGAUAUACAAAAGUGGCUCAAGAUGUAUGAGACAGGGAAGGUUGUUAAGAACUGGGACAUCCCAGAGUGUUAUAUUGAACAUCCCCCGGUAAUCCCAGAGUUAACUGGUGGCAGAAAUGAGCGAUUCUUGUCUGCAAGCAAGAAGAUUGACAUCCACUAUGACAACAACAUGGGCCGAUAUGCUGUGGCAAGUGAGGACAUAGAGCCUGGGGAUGUGCUGGUCACUGAGCAGCCUUUUGCUUCUGUCCUGAACAGGGAGGAGUUUGGAAGUCACUGCCAAAAAUGCUUCAAAACGACCAAGGCACCAAUACCUUGCAAAAAAUGCUCUUCAGUUCUCUUCUGCUCAGUGGAAUGUCGGCAGAGUUCUUACUUCCAUACCAUUGAGUGUCCUAUCCUGGAUCUCCUGGUGGGGUCAGGCAUGUCCAUCAACUGCUUCCUUGCCCUCCGCCUUGUGACACAAAAGCCAGUGUCUUACUUCCUGGACAUGAAAGAAAAACUCAAUGAAGAGGAUCUCAAGGAAAUCACCAACAACAAGGAGGUGUACGACCCCAGCGACUUCAUGCGCCUGUACAACCUGGUGUGUCACUCUCAGUUCCGCACCGCAGAGGAUCUCUUCCAUCGCUGCGUCAUGAUUGUCUUCCUCAUCAAGGCACUGAAGAAGACCAAGUACUUUGAUGGCAAGGGUUCCAGCUCAGCUUAUCCCUUGUUCAAGGAUAAAGGUGAUAAAAUCAAUGAUGUGGAGCUGUUCAUUGGAAGCCUCCUGUUGCGCUUCCUUCAGAUAGUGCAAUUCAAUGCUCAUGAAGUAUCUGAGUUCUAUCUGAUGAGCCCAAGGAGUUUGGAUGGCUCUAAAAAUGAAACUCUGGGAGCUGCCAUCUACCCAACCCUGGCUCUCUUCAACCACUCUUGUCACUCAGCCCAAGUCAGAUAUUUCAGCGGCCAACAGGUGAUCACCAAGGCAAUCAGAAAUAUUCGUAAGGGAGAAAUAGUACCAGAAAACUAUGGGCAGUCCUUCCCUUCUAAGAACAAGAUCCAGAGGAAGGCUGAGCUUGCUGACAGAUACUGGUUUGAAUGCAACUGUGAGGCUUGUCAGAAUGAUUGGCCCAUGUACAAGGAUAUGGAUACCUCUACCAUGCGUUUCAAGUGUCACAAAUGUCAUGGUCCUCUGAAUGUGAACACAGAGCAACUCCUUAAUCCGUUCAUCAAGUGUGAGAAGUGUGGCGAUCAGACUAACAUUCUCUCCACACUGAAGAACCUGCAGAACACAGAGCAGACUUUCAAGGGUGCAUGUAAGGAGAUGGAAACCUAUAACCUAGAAAAGGCUGAGGCACUUUUGAUUGAGAACUUGAAGCAGUUGGAGGCAUGUCUGUACCCACCUUACAGGGACUACCAUCUCACCCAGGAAGCCUACAUGAAAGUGUGUCUCUGUCAAGGAAAUAUCAGGAUCAAGCAGCCCAAGACAGAGGAGUAGGUUGUUCAAGGCAGAAUAGAGAGCCAGCAUUUGAGUCUGUUGAUAGAUAUACAAUUUUUAUUUGGUACAUUGAUUUAAUGUUGUAGUUUCUGUAAAAUGGUAGUGUUUAUAGCUCAGCUCUGAUGAGCAUAUAUACAAUCCCGUAAUAUUUAUUUUGAUGCUUUGUAUGAUGUAUGCUGUUCAGAUUAUAUAAUGCUGUGCUAUAUAAGGUUCAGAUGAUUUGUGUGUGUGUGUGUGUGUGUGUGUGUGUGUGUGUGUGUGUGUGUGUGUGUGUGUGUGUGUGUAAGUGU